GUUAUGAAGAUGAGCAGUGAAAGUAUAGGAGAAUCUUCUGAAAGACUGUAAAAGGCUGCAGAAACAGAAGCAUCUCUUCCUUUUUAUCCCACAGCCCAGAAAUAGCACAGAAUCUGGAUUGAGGAUCCCAGGAUAUGGGUUUGACUUAGCUACUAACUAGCUGUUGACUCUGGUUGGGUGUUUUUCGUAGUACCUGCAUCGAAAGGAAACUUGGAUCCCCUGGAAAUAUGAGAUGAGUGCUGUACCCAGCAUUUAGAAGAUGAACAUGUAUUUUUACACCUUCUAUAGAAAAAAGAAAGAGAGAAGAGAGAGGACAAGAGAAGAGAGAUGUGAUGACUGGCAUCGUUUCACCUGGACUGAACAGCAAGCUCUGUACCUAUAACUAUGCCUGGCUCCAGAACUGGCAGUUAUCUAAGGAAGAAGGAGUAAGUUCUGAGGGAACUAGGAGGACCGAAGAGCAAGGACACAGCCUUGGGGAUGGGUUGGAGUCCUCCACUCAAAACAGGAAGAGCCUACGACAUUUCACGAGGGCAAGAAGUUUCUGCAAAGCACGUGCUGGCUUGUUCAAGAAGAUCCUGCUGAGCCUGUUGUGUCUGGCUUAUGCUGCCUACCUCCUGGCAGCUUGCAUCUUAAAUUUCCAGAGGGCACUGGCCUUGUUCGUCCUCACCUGUUUGGUGCUCUUGGUCCUGGUUCACCGCUUUCUGAAAAAGAUCUUUGGUAAAAAAUUAACAAGAUGUCUGAAGCCCCUUAAAAACUCCCGCCUGAAGCUUUGGAUGAAAUGGGUGUUCGCAGGAGUCGCCUUGAUUGGCCUUAUCCUGUGGCUGGCUCUAGACACAGCCCAAAGGCCGGAGCAGCUGAUCUCCUUCGCAGGAAUCUGCAUGUUCGUCCUCAUCCUCUUUGCCUGCUCCAAACACCACAGUGCAGUGUCCUGGAGGGCAGUGCUUUGGGGCCUGGGUCUUCAGUUUGUCUUUGGGAUCUUUGUCAUCAGAACUGAUCCUGGAUUUAUUGCAUUUCAAUGGCUGGGAGACCAGAUUCAGAUUUUCCUCAACUAUACUGUGGCUGGCUCCAGUUUUGUCUUUGGGGAUAUGCUGGUCAAGGAUGUCUUUGCUUUUCAGUCCUUACCGAUCAUCCUUUUCUUUGGAUGUGUGAUGUCCAUUCUCUACUACCUGGGCCUUAUGCAGUGGAUAGUUCAGAAGAUUGCCUGGUUUUUGCAAAUCACCAUGGGCACCACCGCCACAGAGACCCUGGCUGUGACAGGAAACAUCUUUGUGGGUAUGACAGAGGCACCUCUGCUCAUCCGUCCGUACCUUGCAGACAUGACGCUCUCUGAAAUCCAUGCAGUGAUGACUGGAGGGUUUGCUACCAUCUCAGGCACUGUGUUGGGAGCCUUCAUAUCCUUCGGGAUUGACACGUCAUCCUUGAUUUCUGCCUCUGUGAUGGCUGCCCCUUCUGCUCUUGCUUUGUCAAAGCUGGUAUAUCCGGAAGUGGAGGAGUCCAAGUUCAAGAAUAAGGAGGGGGUGAAAUUGCCCCGUGGGAAGGAGAGGAAUGUCUUAGAAGCUGCCAGCAAUGGAGCCGCAGAUGCCGUAGGCCUUGCUGCAAAUGUAGCAGCCAAUCUGAUUGCCUUUUUGGCUGUGUUGGCAUUCAUCAAUGCUGCCCUCUCCUGGCUUGGGGAACUGGUAGACAUACAUGGCCUCACUUUUCAGGUCAUCUGCUCCUAUAUCCUAAGGCCCAUGGUUUUCAUGAUGGGUGUAGACUGGGCAGACUGUCCAAUGGUGGCUGAGUUGGUGGGGAUCAAGUUCUUCACCAAUGAGUUUGUGGCCUAUCAGCAACUGUCUCAAUAUAAGAAUAAACGUCUUUCUGGAGUGGAAGAGUGGAUUGGAGGCGAGAAGCAGUGGAUUUCUGUGAGAGCUGAAAUCAUCACAACAUUUUCGCUCUGUGGAUUUGCCAAUCUUAGUUCCAUAGGAAUCACACUGGGAGGCUUGACAUCAAUGGUACCCCACCGGAAGAGUGAAUUGUCCAAGGUUGUGAUCAGUGCUCUCUUCACAGGGGCCUGUGUAUCCCUUAUCAGUGCCUGUGUGGCAGGAAUCCUCUAUGUCCCGAGGGGAGCUGAAACUGACUGUGUCUCCUUCCUAAACACCAGUUUCACCAAUAGAACCUAUGAGACCUACGUGUGCUGCAGAGAGCUCUUUCAGAGUACUUCUCUGAAUGGCACCAACCGUCCUUCUUUUUCUGGUCCCUGGGAAGAUAAAGAGUUCAGUGCCAUAGCCCUUGUUAACUGCUGUGAACUCUACACCAGUGCUGUCUGUGCUUAAGGCUGGUCUGUUUCCAUGACAGUCCCCAUCUUGAUGGCUUUUUAAUGGCAAACGUGUUUACUUAGAAUUCCCGUUCUACACUAACUCACUUUGAUCCUUAACAGGAAAUGUAGAAUUUUCAUUUUGGUUCACUGUAUGUCAGUAAUGAAAAUUAGCACCUUUUUGGCUGAACCAAAUAAGAAGUUUCUUAUGGGCUCUGUCUGAGCUUAGAUUUGAAAUAAUAAAUAUUGCCAUAUCAAAGAAUAUCUUGCCAACCUUGCUUCUAGUUGCCAUCUUAAAAAUUAUGGGAUGUGGUGUGAUUUGGUGUGUAAUAUGUAAUGAGGUUGAAAAACUAUUUCUUGGAGUUCUGUGGAUGUUUAUGGUACUAAAGGUAUGCAUGAAAGUUACAUGAAUAUUUCACGGUAAGCUUUUUUUCUGGUUGUCACACAUUUGUAAACUUGCAAAUUCCUUAACAUUACACAGUAAACGAAAAGUAUUUCCUGUAUGCAAAUUUGUAAGGAAUAUGGUUUCUUAGAGGCCCUUACUUUGUUUUAGUAUUCUGCUUUAGUGCCAUAUUUGCUUCACAUUUAUAGUGAAUCUUUUAAAACAGUUCUUUUCAAGGGUGAGGGAGGCAGUUUUGCCUCCCAGAGGAUACUUGACAAUGUCUUGAAACAUAAUUUGUUGUCACAACUGGGGAGAUGCUAGUGACAUCUUGUACUGGGUAGAGGCCAGAAAUGCUGCUAAACAUUUUAUAAUGCACAGGUCAGCCUCCACAACAAAGAGUUCUCUAGCCCCAGAUGUCAACAGUGCUAAGGUUGAGACACUCUGAUUUAAAAUAUUUAACAUAUUUCUCAUGUCUAAUAUUAUUUAUAAUAUUAAUAAUACUAUAGCCUUAAGGAAGGGUUUCAAAAGGAUGUAGGGGUUCCUCAAAAAGUUAAACAUAAGAUUACUACAUGGCCCCACAAUUCUGCCUAUUCCUCGGUAUACCCCAAAGAACUAAAAACAGAUAUUCAAACAAGUACAUGCAUGUCCACAGCAGCACUGUUCACAAUAGUCAAAAAGUGUAAACAGUCCAAAUGUCCAUCAAUAGCUGAUUGGAUAAACAAAUUAUGUUAUGUAUAUACAAUGGAAUUUUGCUCAUCCAUAAAAAUCAUGAAGUACUGAUAUAUGCUACAUAGAGAAACCUACAAGAAAACAUUGUGCUAAGUCAAAGAAGCCAGACACAAAGGCUUAUUAUUGUAUGAUUCUAUUUUGUAUGAUUCCAUUUAUAUGAAAUAUUCCACAUAGAUAAAUCUGUAGAGACAAUACAGAUUAGUGGUUACCAUGAGUGGGGGAAGGGGGUAUAGGGAGUGACUGCUAAACACGAGUAUGCAUUUUACUGUGGGAUGACAGAUAUGUUUUGAAACUAGGUAGAGGUGGUGGUUACACAACAUUGUGAAUGUACUAAAUGUCACUGAUUUGUUCACUUUAAAAUGGUUAAUUUUAUGUUACAUAAA